AUUCUCCAUUGACUUGACUAGUUGACUUUGAUGUAACAGAUGUAUCGAUCCCCUUGGACGAAAUGAAUACGUAGCUAUACCUUGUAUUUAAAUUCAGAAGGCAGGCGAAUAGGAGAGGUAACAUAUUAUACAAAAUAGGCUUAAACAUGACAUCCUCAUCCUCUGUUAUAACUGCUUCCGUUGUGGCAACAGUUUUAUGGGUUAUUGUUCUUACAGUAGCCUCGAUAAUGUUAGUAGCAGCAAAGUCGCAAGAUUCAGAAGCUCAGGCAUUGUUGGAGAGUGGGUGGUGGGAUGACUAUGUCAACAACAGUGCAAAUCAUUGUAGCUGGCCUGGUGUAAAAUGCAACCACGAUGGAAGUGUCAUCGAGAUUAGCCCUCCAGGUUAUUAUUAUUAUGAGGGAGAAAUGUUUAUAAAGAUGAACUUUUCUGCCUUCCCCAAUCUUCUUCAGCUUGAUCUUAAUAGCAAAGGUUUUAGAGGAAACAUCCCUCCUGGUUUGGGUCAUCUGACCAAACUUAGAAAACUGUCUCUUGGGGACAACCAACUCAAUGGAUCCAUUCCACCAGAAAUUGGGAAGCUACAUAAUUUGGUUAUUUUGAAUCUUUCUGACAACCGUCUUUCAGGUGAAGUUCCUUCCACUUUAGGCCGAUUAGCCAAUUUGUUUACUAUUAAACCAUCCUCCAUCAUGCUUUCAGGUCCAACUGACCAAUCUGACAUAUCUGUCACAGGUUCCCUCCCACAAGAAUUUGGAGACAUGAAGAAUCUUAGCUUUCUACGCAUAGAUGGAAAUCAAAUCAGUGGUUCUAUCCCCUCAAAAAUAGGAAACAUGAAGAGUCUCAUCCACCUAAAUAUGGAGAAAAACCUAAUUCUUGAUCCCCUACCUCCAACUUUGGGUCUUUUACAUAGGUUGAAGCACUUAAAUAUGAGGGAAAAUCAAAUCGAUGGUUCCAUCCCCUUGGAAAUAGGAAAUUUGAAGAAUCUAGCUUACCUGGAUCUUGGUUCGAAUUAUUUAGAAGGUUCAAUACCAGGAGAAAUUGGGAAAGCAAAAUCCUUGAAAUUCUUGAACUUUGGGCAGAACAGAUUGAGUGGUCUCAUCCCUUUCCAAAUUGGUCACCUUUCUAUGCUCUCGGAGUUCCAUGUUGACUGCAACUUCAUCAAUGGAGGGAUACCCUUCCAACUUGGGAAUUUAAAGAAUUUACAGACCUUGAAUCUCAGCCACAAUAGUCUUACAGAAGGUUCAAUACCAGGAGAAAUUGGGAAAGCAAAAUCCUUGAAAUUCUUGAACUUUGGGCAGAACAGAUUGAGUGGUCUCAUCCCCUUCCAAAUUGGUCACCUUUCUAUGCUCUCGGAGUUCCAUGUUGACUGCAACUUCAUCAAUGGAGGGAUACCCUUCCAACUUGGGAAUUUAAAGAAUUUACAAACCUUGAAUCUCAGCCACAAUAGUCUUACAGGUAGUAUCCCAGGAGAUAUUGGGAAAGCAAAAUCCUUGAAAUUCUUGAACCUUGAGCAAACUAGAUUGAAUGGACCUAUCCCUAUUCAGCUUGGGUAUUGCUCAAAUUUAAAGGAAUUGUCAUUGAGCAACAACAUUUUAAGUGGAAGCAUUCCCCUUGAAUUAGGCAGUCUCAUUAUGCUUUCAAGAAUUGAUAUUGGCUACAACUCCAUUAGUGGAAAUAUACCUUCGCAACUAGGAAAUUUACUAAACUUGAAGGUCUUGGAUCUCAGCCACAAUCAUCUUACAGGUUUGAUCCCUUCUCCUUUGCUUGAUUCGUCCAAUCUGAACUACUUGUAUCUUGAUUCAAAUCUUUUAGAAGGUCAUAUACCUAGCCAAUUUGCGGAUCCAUGUUCUUUGCAUUAUUUAUACCUCUCCCAAAAUAGAUUGAGUGGACCCAUUUCAACUCAACUUGGAAAUUGCUGGCAUUUAAUGGAGUUGUCAUUGAGCAACAACUCCUUAAGUGGGAGCAUUCCCAUUCAAAUAGGCAAUCUCUAUCUUCUCUCACUAAUUGAUAUUAGUCACAAUUUCAUCAGUGGAGAGAUACCUCGUCAACUUGGGAAUUUAAUAUUUUUGGAGGCCCUAGAUCUCAGUUACAAUAACCUCUCAGGCCAAAUCCCAAUUGAAUUACUUCAUUUUCCAAAAAGGUCUUUCAUAGGAAAUAAGGGAUUAUAUGAUCACCAUCUUAGGAACAGAGGGUUGAGGCGUGUUAAAAUUAUUCUUCCCACCACCAUUUCUGUUUUCUUGGUACUUUUGGCUUUGUUGUUGCUUUCUAGAAGAAUACAUAGGGCUAAAAGUAGGGAAGCAUAUGCCAGUCCAACAAAAAAUGGGGACAUAUUCUCAAUAUGGAACUUUGAUGGAAGGAUUGCAUACGAAGAUGUCAUUGAAGCAACUGAGGAUUUUGACAUCAAAUAUUGCAUUGGCACUGGUGGGUAUGGUAGUAUUUAUAGAGCACGAUUGCCAAGUGGCCAAGUAGUUGCUUUAAAGAAACUACAUCGAAGGGAAGCAGAGGAGCAAGCCUUUGAUAAGAGUUUUAGAAAUGAGGUUAAAAUGUUGACAGAAAUACGACAUAGAAACAUUGUGAAGCUUCAUGGAUUUUGCCUGCAUAGGAGAUGCAUGUUUUUGAUCUAUGAAUACAUGGAAAGAGGAAGCUUGUUUUGUGUGCUUAGAAAUGAUGAUGAAGCUGUGGAUCUGGAUUGGAACCUAAGAGUGAAUGUCAUAAAAAACAUAGCACAUGCUUUGUCUUACCUUCACCAUGAUUGCAUCCCACCCAUCAUUCAUCGAGACAUAUCAAGCAACAACAUUUUAUUGAACUCGAAACAGGAGGCUUUUGUUGCUGAUUUUGGAAAUUCUAGAUUUUUGGAUCUUGAUUCAUCCAAUUAUACUGUACUUGCUGGCACCUAUGGUUAUAUUGCCCCAGGUUUUCUCCGUUUUCUCCAUCACCAUUCUUCUUAUAUUAUCUUAUUUCGUUCUUUACUGUUGAAUUGACAUGUUAAACAUUGUAUUUUUUUUUCCCUUUUCAAAGCUUGCCUAUACAAUUGCUGUGACUGAGAAGUGUGAUUGUUAUACCCUAAAUCAAGUCCCAUGAAAAUCAAGACACGUGGAGACAUUCUAGAGAUAGUCUUAUCAAAGUUGGCUAAGAUAAAUCCUACUAGAAUAAGAAUACCCCAAACACCAAUUAAAUGAAAUUGUAUUCC